CGGGGCGCCGGUGGUGUUGUCAGUGUCAGUUCUGCGCACGCAGCCCUCCCGGAGCCGGUGCCGGCCCGCGAGCCCCGGUGUCUCCGCAGACUGGUCUCUGCCGGUGUCCGGCGGGGGCCCAAGCCGUGGGAGGAGUCGGGUGCUAGCUGGAGUCUAGCUGGGGUCACAUCGCCGGUGUCAGGGACCCGGAUCUCCGGCUACGGAGACAGAGCCCGAGCGUCGCGACCCCGGAGAACCUCUUCUCUAUCGGUGGCACCCACUGGUCCUAGGAUCUCGGCGGCGCCGGAGAGUCCCGGAGCCCGCGCUCUCAGCCCCGGGGGAGCUCGCCCACGCCCCACGGUCCAUCCGGGCCAUGCUCCCCCGGGGCAGCGACUGAGCCCGAGCCGGGACCAGAGCCCGCGGGAGCAUGGAUCCAGACUGGGGGCAGCGGGAUGUGGGCUGGGCGGCCCUGCUGGUCCUCUUCGCCGCCUCGCUGCUCACGGUAUUGGGCUGGUUGCUGCAGUAUGCCCGGGGUUUGUGGCUGUCGCGAGCCGGUGGGGGCCGAGACUCUCGACCCGCCUCAGCUGCCGAGCCCGGGGGUUCAUUGCGCGAGCUGGGUGUGUGGCGUUCGCUGCUGCGUUUGCGGGCGACCCGGAGCAGCGCCCCCGAGGAAGCCGGCGUACGGGGCCUCCUGGCUUCGCUCUUUGCCUUCAAGUCUUUCCGGGAGAACUGGCAACGGGCUUGGGUGCGAGCCUUGAAUGAGCAGGCCUGCAGGGACGGGAGCUCCAUCCAAAUCGCCUUUGAGGAGAUACCCCAACUCCCACCAAGAGCCAGCAUUAGUCAUGUGACCUGCGUUGACCAAUCAGAGCGUACCAUGGUGCUGCACUGCCAGCUGGCUGCUGAGGAGGUGCGCUUCCCCAUCUCCGUGACCCAGCAGUCCCCCGCUGCCGUCUCCAUGGAGACCUACCACGUCACUCUGACACUGCCACCAACACAGUUGGAAGUCAGCCUUGAGGAAAUCCCUGAUGAGGGGCUGCUGGUGUCCUGGGCCUUCACGGACCGCCCAGAUCUCAGCCUAAAGGUGCUUCCCAAGUCUCAGACUAGGGAGAGAGAUGAGGAACAACCAGAGCUUUCAACAGUUGAGGAACUGGUCAAGGACGCUAUCGUCAGCACUCAGCCCGCCAUGAUGGUCAACCUCAGGGCCUGCUCUGCCCCAGGAGGCCUGGUACCCAGUGAGAAGCCACCCACGAUGUCCCAGGCCCAGCCAUCCAUCCCCAGACCUACCCGACUAUUCUUACGGCAGCUUCGAGCAUCUCACCUGGGAAGUGAGCUAGGAGGUACUGAGGAACUGUGCUGUGCCGCUGAGCUUGACAACCCCAUGCAACAGAAGUGGACCAAACCCACGAGGGCUGGCUCUGAGGUGGAAUGGGCAGAGGAUUUAGCUCUGGAUCUGGGUCCCCAGAGCCGGGAGCUGACCCUCAAAGUGCUCAGGAGCAGCAGUUGUGGAGAUGCUGAACUCCUUGGCCAAGCCACACUGCCUGUGGGCUCACCUUCCAAACCACUGUCACGGAGGCAAGUGUGUCCACUGACUCCAGGGCCCGGGAAAUCCCUGAGCCCAGCGGCCAUCGUGACAGCGGAGCUACACUAUGAGCAGGGCUCUCCUCGGAAUCUGGGCACGCCCACCUCUUCCACCCCUCGCCCCAGCAUUACACCCACCAAGAAGAUUGAGUUGGACCGGACCAUCAUGCCUGAUGGCACAAUCGUCACCACUGUCACUACUGUGCAGUCCCGCCCCCGUGUAGAUGGCAAACUAGCAGACUCCCCCUCCCGCUCCCCGUCCAAGGUGGAGGUGACUGAGAAGAUGACAACUGUGCUGAGUGAGAGCAGCGGCACCAGCAAUGCCUCCCACAGUAGCAGCCCAGGGGAGAGCCACCUUUCCAAUGGCUUGGAUCCAGUAGCAGAGACAGCAAUCCGCCAGCUGACGGAGCCCAGUGGGCGGGCAGCCAAGAAGACACCCACCAAGCGCAGCACGCUCAUCAUCUCUGGUGUUUCCAAGGUGCCCAUCGCUCAGGACGAGUUGGCACUCUCCUUGGGUUAUGCGGCAUCUCUGGAAGCCUCCAUGCAAGAUGAUGCAGGAACCAGUGGUGGUCCUUCAUCACCUCCCUCAGACCCCUCAGCCACAUCCCCAGGACCCGUUGAUGCUCUCUCCAGUCCCACAAGUGUCCAGGAAGCAGACGAGACAACACGUUCAGACAUUUCUGAGAGGCCGUCGGUGGAUGAUGUUGAGUCAGAAACAGGGUCUACUGGUGCCCUGGAGACCCGAAGCCUCAAGGAUCACAAAGUGAGUUUCCUGCGAAGUGGCACUAAGCUCAUCUUCCGCCGGCGGCCCCGACAGAAGGAAGCGGGUCUGAGCCAGUCGCACGAUGACCUGUCCAACACAACAGCCACACCUAGUGUCCGGAAGAAGGCUGGCAGCUUUUCCCGUCGCCUUAUCAAGCGUUUUUCCUUCAAGUCCAAACCCAAGGCCAAUGGCAACCCUAGCCCCCAGCUCUGAGAGCCCCUGAACUAGGAGAGGGCAAGAGUUCUCUUAGUUUGUCCCCCACAUCCCCUUCUGUACCCCUUCCUGGAUCCCCAGUGCUGGGACCAGGAAAGCCCUUGGGUUAUAGGAAACCCCAGCACUCUGGGCUGUGGGGUAAGCGGGAAGGGUGUCUCACAUGGGAAGCAUUUGAGAGGCAACAGUUGUUGCUGUGGACAUAGGAGAGUUUGGCAGCUGAGAGUAAGGGGCAGGCUCUGUCUCUCUUGUGUGGACAUUCUUCAGAAGCCUCUGCAGUCUGCUGGUACUGCCCCCAGAGGGGAGUCCAGAGCACUCUCCUCAGCAGAUCCUUCUCCCUUAUUUAUUCUCUUUUCUAUUUAUAUGUGUGGUCUAGAGCCCUUGGCAAACAGAUGAUAGAGGGCAUCUCUCCCAGGUGACCCUUUUCUGUCCCAGGAGGGUAAGGCAAUUCCCAGGACAGGUUUCUACACCUCCCUUGGGAGUCCUCUUUUAGACCAGCACCGAUGUCUGUCUGCCUUCAGAAGACAUUGGCAGAUCAUAGGAAGCCGGCCUAGUGCCCGGGAUGGGGGGCAGGCACUCCCCACCUCCCUACCUCCCACACGCACCUCGUCUCUCCUUCCCCUUUAUUACCAUUUUGUACUUGAUACCUUCUCCAUGAGCAGUGGCGCAGUUGGAAGGAAGGAGCCAGGAAGCUGGGAGCAAGCCUUCCUUCCCUAGAGAGAUGGCUUUAGGAGCUUUAGACAGUACGGUCAUAAAGCAAGGUUGCACCUCUGUAUGUUGGGAGAUGAUGAUGAUGAUGUCCAUUGCUGUGUGAUGGCUUGGAAUUUAAUUUAUUUAAUUAAAAUCAAAUUGGAAUUUACAAA